AUGCCUUGCAACGUAAUCCGCAAUGGUGACAGUGUCUUUGGAGGCGAUGCUCUAAUCAAAUACUUGAGUGAUCAAUCGCUUCAGAAUAAGACCAUCGCAGACAUCACAGAUGGUCUUUAUACAGUUAAAGAUAUUAAUACCAUGGAACGUAGUUUUCUUGGAUUAUUGAAAUAUGACCUUUGGGUCGAUAGAAAUGAAGUUGAAAACUUUUUGGAUCAACAUCGAGUUGAAUUAGAAAUUAAUUUUGAUUGGACUAAUGAUGAAAAAGCAUAA